AAGUGGCAAAGAAUAAAAUCGCAGUGCUGCCAAAACGACACCGACGGCUGUCCAUUCCAUUCCUUCAACGGGCUCGACACAUGCUCAUUAUUCGUUGAGACCUCAUCGUUGGCUGCUUGGAAUGGCGGAAUAAACCCUUAUAACAUGUACGCCAGUUGUGUCAAUCAACCUGGUACCACCCCUCAACCUGGUACCACAGUAUCCACUCGAUUCCGACUUGAAUACAAACAACGAACCGGGAAAGAAUUGGAUACUUCGCAGUUGUCCACAGUACCAUGCAUGAACGAGACUGCUGUGACGACAUAUCUGAAUCGUCCAGAUGUGCGACGAGCACUUGGAAUUCCUACCUCUCUUGGACCGUGGGCAAUCUGCAGUGGCGAUAUCGACAUGGCCUGCAAUUUCCUGAUGGGACAACGGUUUUCACGCAAGCUCGGCUUGAAGGAGAUUGCCGCUAAGAAGCACUAUAUUGUUGACGGACAAAUCGCCGGUUUUCACACACAUUACGAUGGUCUUCAUUUCGUUACAGUUAGGGGCGCUGGUCACAUGGUUCCUACAGACAAGCCGUCAGUUGCGUAUCACAUCAUCAACUCGUUCCUGUUCGACCAGUCAUUUUGA